CUGCACGCGCGCUGGAGCCCGUGAGCGGCGACGAGGUUCGUUUAGUAUUCCGUGCACAAGGCGAAGGAGGGAGAAGGGAGGGAGGGCAGAGAGUGAAAUAGAGAGAAAAAAAACGAGGCUGUGAAGACAGGCGAAAACACAGAAAGAGAAGAGGAAGAGGGGAGCGGAGAGACACCUCCUCUGUCCCUCUCGGUCUACCCUUUGGCAUCCGUCUGUCCCAGGCUGUUUCAAAGCUUCUGUAGAACAUUCCAGAAAUACAGCCAUGGACCACAGCGAACAUUAAGUGAACUUGAAUGGAAAAAAACAAAGUGGAAUUACACCAUACGUCACAGACUCAACCCUGCCCUGAUGCUGCUUUAAGGACUGAGCUUGCAAACACUUCCUCUUCCCUGACUGAUGAUUUAACUCAGAGUAAUAGCCCAGGAAAUCUAGGCUAUGCUUUCUGAACAACAGACCUAAAUAUAGUCGUGCUGUUUAUCCAUUGAAGAAAAUUCCAAACGUUUCUGUGAAUCAAAUCCAGUUUGACCUUCUUCACCAUGACGAGGACUCAGGGAUGUCAUUGUCAUCCUUUAUAACAAGAGCCGAUGUUAUUACUGAAAAGAGCGGUUGUGGCUCGCUUACCGAUGGGUUUAACAAACAUUAAAGCUUUCAAUUAACGGUCAUAAAGAGACCGUCUCUUGCUGAAAAGUUGUCCUUCAGAAUCCACGUCUGAUCGGGAACCUACGGUAGAAAGUGGCCAGACACACACUCUCUCCCCUCGGGCGCCGUCCUAUUGGUGUGGACGGUGAGGGCUGCGGCGUGAUUGGUUGAGUGCAGGCUGGUGUGCGAUGCGGAUUGGAGGAUGUCGGGGGACUGGGAUGACGACAUUUGUAAGAGGGCCAUGGUGCUGGUGGAGGAACUGUGCUUUCGGUCUGGAGGCCUCAGCCAGAGCGCGAGCUGCCAAGAGUUCAGCUACAUGAUGAGAGGACCUAACAGACAGAUAAACACAGAGAUCUCUGUGAGUCUGCUCUCCGUCAUCGUAACUUUCUGUGGCAUCGUGCUGCUCUCUGUCUCUCUCUUCGUCUCCUGGAAGCUAUGCUGGUUGCCUUGGAGAGAUAAGGAAGGCGGGGGUCUGAGCUUGACGUCGGGUCUCCUGCCCGGUGGUGCGGGUUUGGGUGGGGUCGGAGGCGGAGGGGGUGCCUCGCUCCUUCCUCCCCUUUUACAGAGGAAAGAUACUCACUCUUCUUCCUCGUUGUAUCCCACGCUGUCCCAGCAGGGUCAGCAUCACCCCCAUUUCUCCGACGUGAUGGGGGUCGAGGGUGGAGGGGGGCUGGUGGUAGGGGGUGUGGUUGGGGGUCCGCAGGAGAUGCAGGAGCACUCCUACCUGGACAUGGACUCUUAUCCCAACAAUGCUGCAACUCUUAAGUUAAGCCAGACAUCGCCCGAGUUGCCCCCGGCAACAGAAGGAGGCUCAGCUGCGAAAGACCUGCCCAAUGCCCACUCCCAGCAGCAGGUCACCACCAGGCCAAAGCCCAUGACUCACCAGCUCUCCAGCCCUGAUUUCCAUGGUGAGGAGAAGAGCGAGCAGUUGACCAGCAUUGGGCAGAUCAAGCCAGAACUUUACCGCCUGCGCCAAGGAGACCAGGGGGACGGCAAACAAGGCAACAACUGUGGCAAAAUCAGCUUCCUCUUGCGAUACGCCUUCAACACGGAGCAGCUGGUGGUUAAGAUCCUGAAAGCCCUGGACCUCCCGGCGAAGGAUGCCAAUGGUUUCUCCGAUCCCUAUGUCAAGAUCUACUUACUGCCUGAUAGGAAGAAGAAAUUUCAGACCAAGGUGCACAGAAAAACUCUCAACCCGGUCUUUAAUGAGACGUUCCAGUUCGGCGUGCCCCUGGCUGAGCUGCACGCGCGCAAGCUCCACUUCUCCGUCUACGACUUUGACCGCUUUUCCAGACACGACCUCAUAGGUCAAGUGGUAGUGGAUAACCUGCUGGACUUCAGCGAGGGAACUGGGGAGAAGCCUAUUUGGAGAGACAUUGUGGAAGGAACGGCGGAGAAAGCUGACCUGGGAGAGCUGAACUUCUCACUGUGUUACCUGCCAACAGCUGGCCGACUGACCGUCACCAUCAUUAAGGCCACCAAUCUGAAAGCCAUGGACCUGACGGGCUUCUCAGAUCCAUACGUAAAGGCAUCUUUGGUUUGUGAAGGUCGAAGGCUGAAAAAGAGAAAGACAUCCAUAAAGAAGAAUACCCUCAAUCCCACGUAUAACGAGGCUCUGGUCUUUGAUAUUCCCAACGAGAACAUUGAGAGUGUGUCGCUCAUCAUAGCCGUCAUGGACUACGACUGUAUCGGUCAUAAUGAGGUGAUCGGGAUGUGCCGUAUGGGCAGUGAUGCUGAUGGGCCGGGAAGAGAGCACUGGACAGCCAUGCUGGCGAAUCCCCGCAAGCCUAUUGAACACUGGCACCAGCUGGUGGAGGAAAAAUCCAUAAACACUUAUGUGUCAAAGAGUGCCGCACCCUCCCCCAAGCCAAACAUAGUGGUGGACAGCCCUCACUCUGAGUAGAGAUGUCAGCAUUAUCUUUUUAGCGACGGGAAUACAUUCUUUCUUUUCACCUGUGAAUAAUUGUUCAUCAAGAAAGAAGCAGAGAAGAGAGACUGUGCUUGUGUUAGUGCUAUUCCUCUAAAUCAACCCUGCAGACCCAACACAAUAUAUAGAAAAGAAAACAACAACACCUAGACUAGACCGGACACAAAGCACACACAGAUACACACUCAAACAGACAAAGAACACACACCAGACUCAUAACAAAACAACUGGCAUGGAUGGUUUUGCUUCAGGAAUGAUGUUAAAGUCAAAAUAUGUCAUGAUUUAUUCAGGGGAAAUAUGACAAACAUUCCCACUUUAAAUAGAUAAUCUUUAUUUAGUUAUUUGAAACUGAGCCUACAAAAAAAAGAGAUUUUAAUUACUUAAAAAAGAACAAAAAAAUAAAUAUAUAUAUAUAUAUAAUCAGGAGAGAGACCUGAUAGAUUAUGGACCACGAAUGUUUCUGUGUAUGUGUGAGCGCAUGUGCGUACGUGAGUUUGUACGGGUGUCUGUGUGUAGCUAUAGAAAAUCUUUACAAAGUGUUUUCAGUCGGACAAGUAGCUGCAAGUUCUGGGAGUGCUGUAUCCUUGUUUCCUGUUUCUCUGGAGAGGAGGACUACUUUAUGACCGUUCCCAUCUGGAGGAGGAGAAAUAAGCACGGAUACGUUGGCCAAAUCAUGUCACGCAGCAUUGAAAUGUGUCCCUCUGCCUUCUACAUUUUUAUCACCUUCUGCUCGGAGCUCUUGGAGAUCGGCAGCGUUUUCUUUUAUUUGCGUUUGUUUACUAGAGUCCAGUCAUUCUUCUUGUUCUACCAGAUACUGAACGAAAGAGUAUGUUUCAUUGACCUGGACACACUGGCAGACUGAAUCCCCUUGAGAACUCUUCCAAUGGGAGCUUUCAUUGAUUUCAAACAUUGCCAGCGGACCCUAACUGGGACUGAGCUUGGAUUUGUGUGCACUUCCUGGAAACAUAUCCAAAGGGGGGAGAGAGAGAGAGAAAAAAAAAAGAUCUGGCCAUAGUAUUUUAUUUUUAUACCACGCCAAGAUUUUUUUUCUCUCAGACAUUUUUAAUUUCAAAAGAGGAAGAGUGUGCUCUCCAUCAUCCUUCUGCCAAGAGGACCACUUCUGAAACACACACACACACACAUUCGUCCACUUUUUCUUUCUAAUUUUUCCUCCCGUGUAUCUGAUGUGUUUGUGGGAGUGCUCUUUUUGUGUCGAUAUGCGUUUGCUCGUUGGUUUGGAUGUGUGCGCGUGUAUGCCUGUAUGUUGGUAUAUGUCACCGUGACCCCGUGUACGUCUCCACUUCCCUCGCCUUUGUCCUGCACAGAGAAAAUCUCAUUUUUUGAACAAUCAAGUGUCUCCUGUCCUGUGUCUUAGAGGAACUAUUUCUUGUGUAGGACCUGUUGCACUUGGUAGGGACAGGGUCUAUUUCUCAGAUGCGCGUUUCGGUCGUUCUCUGUAGAAUGUGGUUGUGACCUGUCUCCGUUGUGUCCCUAACCAGCUCGUCCCUAGCCUGAUCUGUGUUCUCGUGUUGGGUGUGCUUCUCUCACUCUUUUUCCUUUUCUUUUUUUUUGUAAAUGUGCUCUGUAUGUAGGAGGGGACAGACCUGAUGGCCACAGCUAAAAUGUUGGAAGUUUUUUCAUUGUCUUUAAAAGAAAAAGUGGAGAAAAAAAGACAAA